CGCUGUUGUCAGUUAAACUGUCAAACAUCCACUGGGUCGAUGUCGAUUUUAAUGGCGGUUUGAUUAUAAUUUAUAAUGGAAAAGUAAAAAAUGUGAUAAGAGAAGAAGUAUCGCAUGUGAUUUUGAAAAUUGUACGUAUCAUUUGAGGUUCAAAUAAUUUAAUUGGACAGUGUUAUUAAGCACUUUCCAAUGUGGAAACAGUUACAGAUGGGACUUCGAGCAUUUCUGCUAAUAGCAUCGAGAGUUUGGACAUGCUUGUGUUACACAUUAAAGAAACAAACCCGAGCUAUAAUUCAACAUCAGUCUGUUAAAUAUGACUUGUUUCCUUUAUCACCUUUAUCAAGACAUAGGCUAAGUAUUGUGAAAAGAAAAGUUCUUGUUCUCGAUUUAGAUGAAACAUUGAUACAUUCGCAUCACGACGGCGUAGUGAGACAAACCGUGAGGCCAGGAACUCCUCCCGAUUUUGUACUGAAAGUUGUUAUAGAUAGACAUCCCGUUAGGUUUUUCGUGCAUAAAAGACCCCAUGUUGACUUUUUCUUAGACAUAGUUUCCCAGUGGUACGAAUUGGUGGUAUUUACCGCCAGUAUGGAAAUAUACGGAGCCGCCGUGGCUGACAAGCUAGACGCUGGCCGUGGUAUUCUGCAAAGGAGAUUUUACCGGCAGCAUUGCACGCCCGAAUUGGGAUCGUAUACCAAGGAUUUAAGUGCCAUCUGCAAUGAUCUUUCUAGUGUUUUUAUAUUAGACAAUAGUCCGGGUGCAUACAGGGCAUAUCCAGAUAACGCGAUUCCCAUAAAAUCUUGGUUCUCUGAUCCGACGGAUAUAGCUUUGCUCAAUCUUCUUCCAGUAUUGGACGCGCUAAGGUUUACGGCCGAUGUGAGAUCGGUGUUAUCCAGAAACCUCCAUUUGCACAGGCUAUGCCACGUAUCAAAAUAUCCUAGAAACGAUACGACGAUCGGUAGUACUAUCGGUGAACAACUCCAAAAUACUGCCGUCGUCGACAGUAUUGUCGCGCAAGUAGAGGAGAUAGAAUACGCUCCUUUUGGAGAGAGUAACGAUUUCAAUCAAUCACGCAUCCGCAAAGAAUGUAAUAAUCGAAGUUUUUAAUAUAAACUCAGUUUGGUUUAUAUUUUUUUUUACUUUUUGAAGAAAGAUAGACAUAUCGUUUUUAAAAAUAGUUGAAUGCAAUCACGAUCUCGUUGUUUCGCAAAUGGACAUCAAUUUGUGUUUGUACAUUGAUAACCAGUGUCUCAACAUUUUGCAUUGUUUUGCCGAAUACGGCAUUAUUUCUGUAAAAGGUCGCUAUAUUUUAUUUAUCGAUUUUGUUAUGACUGCAGUAACGUCUAUUGUGCCUUUUGGUCUUCUAUAUAUUUAAAGUUAUCAGUUUAUUUAGAUAAUUUCGAGAGGAUACAUUUUUUAUAACAAUAAGAUAAUUAUGCGAUUGAUUGUGUUAGUGGGAAAGCAGCUGUUGGUUAUCAGAAGAAGAAAAAGCUAUUUAGAUUGGUGCUCAAAGCACUUCUUUGUAGCAUAAAACUAAGAUGGAAGUAUCUUAAAUUUUUAGUUUCUAAUAUUUUGUAUUGUUUUACCGAAUACGGGAUUUUUUAAUGUUUCAAUUGAUUUUGCUAUAACUGAAAUAAUGUCUGUUGUUUCUGUUAACAUCUGACAUCUUCCUAGAUAUUUAAAAUUAUGAGUAAAGCUAAAACAGGUAUCUUAAAUUUUUUGUUACCAUCAUUUUGUAUUGUUUUUCCGAAUACAGCAUUAUAUUUGAAAAAAGUCGCUAAAUUUUAAUUAUUAAUUUUGCUAUGACUGCCUUUUGGCAUCUGACAUAUUCUAGAUAUUUAAAGUUGUCAGUUUAUUAGAUAAUAUCGAGAGUAUACAUUUUUUAUAACACAAUAAAAUGUUCAUGCGUUUGAUUGUGCUAAUGGGAAAGCAGCUGUUGGUUGUCAGAAGGAAAAAAGCUAUUUCGAUUGGUGCUCAAGGUACUUCUGAUUAAUUCUUUGUGGCAAUAAGCUAAAAUGGAGGUAUCUUAAAUUUUUAGUUUCUAAUAUUUUGUAUUGUUUUACCGAAUACGAGAUUUGUUUUUUAAUGUUUCAAGUCACUUUGCUGAAAUAAUGUAUGUUGUGCUUGUUAACAUCUGGCAUCUUCCUAGAUAUUUAAAAUUGUCAGUUAGGUUAAAACAGGUAUCUCAAAUUUUUCGUUACCAACAUUUUGUAUUGUUUUGCCGAAUACUGCAUUAUUUUUGAAAAAGAUCGCUAUAUUUUAAUUAUCGAUUUUGUUAUAACUGCAGUAACGUCUAUUGUGCCUUUUGGCAGCAUUAUUUUUGAAAAUAUGACUGCCUUUAGGCAUCUGGCAUGUUCUAGAUGGUUGUCACUGUCACUUUAUAGUUUUCAAAACUUAUACAAUUAUUGUUAUAAUUCAUCUAGUGAUCACGUGAUUGAAGACAAUACAGUUGAACUGUGAAUUCGUAAACAAUUAAGGUUUUUUUACUGCCUUGCACAAACAAAUAUCUAUUUGCGAAAUUGAGUAUAAUCUGAGAUACUUUUUUGUUACUAUAUUUCUUUAUAAUUAAUAUUUUUAAAACGUGAGACUUUUGAUUGAUCCGAUAAGAAAAAUUGGAAAAUCAUCUAUAUAUUAAUUUUG